ACGUGCGUGUGUAUGUAACGACGGCGUGAGUUUCUGCCACACACCACGGGUUAGGUUCGACCGCGGGUGACGCGAAAUUUUGGGUGACAGGCGAAAUUUUGCGAUAUCGCGUGGAAAAAUUUAUAAACGAAAUCUUUGAGGACAACGGGGCGAGCAACACGCCAUACCCGGUUAACGGUUAUUCACGUGACAAUGAUAACGUGCUAACCGUCCCCUACGAUUCAGAAGCCAUGGCAAACAUCGCGGCACAGCGAAUCAAACGGGAAUUUAAAGAGGUUAUAAAGAGCGAGGAGAUAGCAAAAUGUGCGAUUAAAGUUGAAUUAGUCAACGAUAGUCUCACGGAAUUAAAAGGUGAGAUUGCUGGUCCACCAGACACACCAUAUGAAGGUGGUAAUUUUGUGCUGGAAAUUAAGGUUCCCGAAACAUAUCCUUUUAAUCCCCCCAAAGUACGCUUUAUAACAAAGAUAUGGCAUCCUAAUAUAUCUUCUGUUACUGGUGCCAUCUGUUUGGAUAUUUUAAAAGAUCAAUGGGCUGCUGCAAUGACUUUACGUACAGUAUUGCUGUCACUACAAGCAUUAUUAUCUGCAGCGGAACCUGAUGAUCCUCAAGAUGCUGUAGUAGCAAAACAGUAUAAAGAACACCCCGAAAUGUUUAGGCAAACUGCCACACAUUGGACAUUUGUAUAUGCAGGUGGUCCAGCAAAAAUGCCUGAUUUAGAUGACAAAAUAAGAAGAUUAACAGAUAUGGGAAUUGAGGAACAUAAUGCAAGAGUUGCUUUGUCUUCAUAUAAUUGGGACUUGGAACGCGCCACCGAGCACUGCCUCUUCAGUUAGUGAUAACUAACAUGACAUAGCUAAUCUGUCACAUUUAUAAAAACAUCAUCCUGUCACUGAAAAUUUCUUUGUAAUAAUAUCAUUUUCAAGUAUCAUCAGUGAUGUUAUUUCAAAAGAAAUUGAAUUUCGCACUUAAGACAAUAUCUGGACGCAAAAACAUCAUUUUGAAAAGCAAUUUUUGCAAAACAAUAUCCACCAAUUUAUUUAAGUUUAUAGACAGAAAUUGAGAAAAUAAUAAAAAUUACAGCAUACGUUAGUUAAAUUAGGAACAUUUUGUAAACAAUAUGUUAUGUAACACAAGUAAACUUUCAUAUUAUUGAUUUAAAAAACAAAAAGAAACAAUAGUAAAAUUUCUCUAAUAACGUGAUGUAAAAAUUCAAAGUUAAGAUAACGUUUAAUUUUUACUUGUCCACUUUUCCAUUCUAUGUAAUAGUUUAAUGUGUUACUAAUUUUAAUUUUUAAUUGUGUUUAAAUUGAAUCAAAUUUAUAUGAAUUAAAUAAAUUUUAUACAAAAAACUGCAUUUUUUUUGCUAUAUAUGUAUAUGUACUUUGUAUCUUUUCAAGAGUGUGUGGUUAUAUUAAUAUAUUAAUUU